AUGGGAGAUCUGGUUGAUCCGCUGGCGGAUGCGAGGGUCGCGCGGGCGCAUCAUCUUGGAUGGACAGCGCAAGGGGCAGAAAGGGUUGGUUCUUUCCUCACUGGCAUCGGCGACAUUGAAAAAGGGUCCCUUGGAAUCAACGGGGUAACCCAGGCAAAGGUUGAGGAGGUAGACUCACGACGCAACCGACGAUGUCAUCUGACGUUAGUCAGCGCGGCACGUGAGAUCAACCGUUUGGGGUCCGGGCGACGCUCUUUCGCUCUAUAUCAUGGUCUAUUAUAUCCGCUUCCUCAAGACCCCCGAGUCCAGCAGCAGAAGGGGUCCUCUGUUGUUUCUGCGUUGAUUUGCAUCACCACGGACCUUGGAGAUGCAUUCCUAGCCCAGGAUGUGGACUUGAUCGCAGAAUUAGCUAUUUCUCAUUCCCCAAAAAUCCUGACCACGAAGUCCUUGACAUGGCAAGCUGGGAAACGUGAGCUUCCAAUUUCUCUGGAGGUGCCUCGUGGCCUUCUGCAGCAACCCGUGGUGUUGACUGUUCGGUCUCUGCGCCCUCAGUCGCCUGUGAAAGAUUCAUUAUGCCUGGUCCCAUUAGUGGUCUCGGGCUGGAGUACCCCAAUCUCGGCGCAAUUGCCGGCUGAGAAGCUGAUUGAACGUCGGUUCAAUCUCGGGCAUAGCCCAGAACCCCAAAAAUCAGACCUCUGCAUUUCCGAGGAGACUGGCAACAGCAUUGCUCGGCAUAUCUGGGAUGCGGCCCUCGCCUCAGUAAUAUACCUUCAACAAACCAUUAGCGGAGCAUCAGAGGGAAUGCCCCCGCUCCGCCACCUUUUACAGCACCCGCGCCAAAGUCCCCUCCAGGUGGUCGAAUUGGGAGCCGGAUGUGGCAUUGUGGGCAUUGCCCUCGCCCAGCUGCACCCCUACUGCUCCGUCCUACUCACAGACCUCCCGGAAGUCGAGGAGAUUGUCACACGCAAUACCAAUGCUGCCCGACCGGCCUCCAAGUCGACGGUCUCCUAUCGGCCUCUCGACUGGAACGAGCCGCUACCUGAGGAUCUUUGUAGCAGCGCUAUCGAUCUGAUCCUGCUGUCCGACUGUACCUACAACGCCGACAGCUUGCCCGCGCUGGUCUCUACGCUGGACCGAUUGAUCCGGAUCUCGCCCGGGGCAAUAAUAUUGGUGGCCCUGAAGAGGCGGCACGACAGCGAAACGGUGUUUUUCGAUUUGAUGCAGUCUGCAGCCUUCCGGCCCCUCCAGGACCACAUCCCGCUUCCCUCGCAGCAUGACCAAGUCGAUCAGAUCGAAUUGUACUGCUACAGCCGAUGA